GUGAGCGUAUGUGAGAGCACGCGUGUCUUUGCUAUCCGCUAGUCAUGACUACGUCACGUGUAUUUAAGCGUCUGGUUCUGCUGUUGCUGCUGUUGGUGGUGGUCGGCACUACGGCGUCUCUGAAACCCAGCAAGUCAGAACAGAGAGAACCAGAGACCUCGACUGCGUCUCUGAAGCCCAGCAACUCAGAGCAGAGAGAGCCAGAGACCUCGACUGCUUCUCUGAAGCCCAGCAACUCAGAGCAGAGAGAGCCAGAGACCUCGACUGCUUCUCUGAAGCCCAGCAACUCAGAGCAGAGAGAGACAGAGACCUCGACUGCUUCCCAUCAACCUGAAGGAAUCUUUAAGGUAUCAUCCAUGUUGAUAAAGUUUCUUACAUCUCCGAAAGCAACGGAAGAACCGAAAACUUCAAGUGCAAGUGAGUUGAUUAAUGAAGAAGAUAACUUGGUGCUAGAUCCCACUUCGCCCAAGGAUUUUUCGAAAAAAUCGGAUGCAACUACAGGAAAAAAUAAUGAUGAACAAAUAAAAAUCGAAGACAGUAUAAAAGAGUUUGUUACUGCAAACACUUUACAAAUAACUGAUCCGGAAAAAGAGACACAAACGACCGUUGCUGAUGGCCUUCAUGUCGAGACCUCAUAUCCGCCAACUAACGCAGCGGAAAUUGAUUCUUCAACGGCUACUGCCUCUCCAGUCACGGAAGAUGAAAAAUUCGUAAAUGAGAUGCCAGAAUCUCAAACAUUCAAAACUUCUCAAUUAAACACGGCGCUGUCCGGCAACGAACCCUUAUCAGGACCAUCACCACAAGUCUUCGGUCCAUUGGACGACCUCUUCCCUGUUGUGUUUCCUCCGCCUGGGGUGGAAGGCCGUGAAAAUUUCAUUCCACUUCCCAACCUGGAACGCGGUGCUGUCAAACAACAUUUCCAAGAAAAGAACGCUUUGAAAGAAGCAGCUUUAGCUGAACAACAUCAAUUGGUUGAUGAGCUGCUUGCCAAGAGUAGCGCCGAGUCAUCGGAGCGACCAGCGUUCGACGUGCGCGUGCGGACGCCAAAGCCUGGCAAGCAGCCUAUGCUCAUGAAGCUCCAGCCCAAGGCACUCGACAGCGCCGGAGUUAAAAAAUCGUUUUUGGAUUCCGAGAGAAUAGUGAGACCACAUCACAGUUUCAUCAGCGAAGCUGGCAUUGACGUUGAAGCUAAAGGCGACAACGGACAAAUAAAACGCGUGCCACACCCCCGAGAUGACCACUCAGUCCUGCACCUGCUAAAUCAGCAGCAAGGGGAUCUAGCAAGUUUCUUCGAAUCCCAAGGAGGCCUCCUUCCCGUAACCGGCCGAAGCAAUUUUUUGCAGCCUUAUCUCGGAGGCAAUAAUCUGAUUUUCCACCAAAAUGAUCCUUUCAUUCGUCAUGACAACAACUUCCUAGGGGUAACACCAUCACCGGGAGUAUCAUUUUCGACCCUAUCGCCAGGGUUAUUGGGAAUUACUGAUAACAAUUUUGCAUUUUCGCCUCGGCAGCUGGCAGCAUUUGCUGACGACAGGACUAUUUUUCAUCGACCAACAGCGGCACCGUCGCUAUUAGAGAGCAUUACGACUUUUCAAAAUGAUCAGCGCCGGCCCUUGACUCGAGAUCACUUCCUUAACGUUGAUAACCAACAUCUUUCUCCGUUUGUCAGACCACGAGAACCAAAUUUGAAGGUUCCAUUUCAGAACGAGUUCUUCGAUGAAGGUGAAAUAAACUCAAAUAUUUUCGUCAGACAACCAUCAGCUUUCCCUUCGUUCGAUGUCACAGGGAGACCUAUUAUCACUUCUCAUGACGAUAGCCUGUUAUCAAUCGCAAAUAACGACAGAGGAAAUUCAUUUGCUCUCAGGCCAGCAUCGUUACGCCCGACCACAUUACGCGAUUCGUUUAAUCCUUCAACAUAUUUCAAUUUUGCCUCUCCCACUCAAUCUGACCAGAUAAAUCCUUUAAUAGGAUUAGGAGGACAAAACACUGUCAUCACCCACACUACUCCUAGACCUUUCCAUAUCAUCCACGAAGAAACUGCAGUAGUGACACCUUCCUCUUUGAGGUUUUCGCCCACCACGGCCUUUCCUCCUCAGAGUUUCAGCGCAAGCACUUUCAGGCCUUCAGAAAGACCCUUCCUCUCAACAACUCUUCGACCAUUUCUCUCCAGCACCAUUGCGCCGAUUAUAGAGACUGAGUACUCGAAAGUCAAAGGCCCUCAUUCUGGGCGAGGGUCGUCAAGAUAUCGACCUCGGCAGAAUCCGAACGUCCUAACCAGAUUUGAUCAAAACCUCAACCAGCUCACGGACUACAGCUCCCAGUACCAUUCCGGGGAGCAUCUCAGCCACGGAAAUAACAAGAAUCGGCCGUGGAUCGCUGGCGUCGCCCCGGGCAGCGGUGAAAAUCAGAAGGAAUACACGUACCAUUACGCGGUGCACAGCCCCAGCACCGGGGACCAUAAGGCGGCGCAUGAGGCGAGGCUCGCCGACGGGACAGUUGUUGGUGGUUACUCGCUCGUUCAGCCAGACGGCAUCACCAGAAAAGUUUCCUACACGGCUGAUAAAUUCUCUGGAUUUCAGGCUAAUGUGGAAUACUUGCCCGCAAGGCCUGAGUUGGCUGGAUAAUGAAUGGACGAUUUGAAGGGAGUGAGUAAUGAAUGAAGGUUGUGAUGAUGAGUUAGAUUGUCAUUUAUUUUGUAAUAGAUUUCGAUUUUUACGGUAGAAAUGAUAGACAAUGAAAUUGAAUUUUAGUAUAAAUCGCAAAAUGGUUUUUGGAUUGAUGUCUCACAUACAGCCUUAUGUCAUGUUUGAUGUAUGCUUCUCAUUAAAUUUUAACUCAAUAAACUAUCGCAUUGUUACGAAAGAAUGAACGUUUAAUUGUUUGUUCUCUCCAGGAGUAAAGUACAAGGGGAAGAGAAAUUCAGACUUUUAAUCUGCUAAUAAUAGUCAGACCUAGAAGUCAUAAUUGAUUUAAGUGCUUAUAGUUUGUUCGUAUAUUAUGCGUAGUAUUUUUUGGCCAAUCACAGCUAAAUAAUUUAUUCGAAUAUUGAAUAGAGAAUUUUUCACUCAUUCAUACAUGCAGCAAAUGGGAUAAGUCGAGAACACUUGAAUGUAUUCUUUGUCAAUUGUGAAAAAUACAACCUUUUAAAGAGGCAUUUCUGCCACUCCAGAAUUCAGUGUCUGGCUGAAAUUAAAGCAGGAUUUAAUAGAAGGAGAGAUAUUUAAUUCGUGAUUUACGUGUUGUCAAAAAGUCAAAAUUAUAUUUCAAAACAGCUCACGUAUAGUGAUUAAGGCCUUCUGAUCGCAUUCAUGUCACGAUCUUCACUUUUUCGAUGCAGUUUCUCUUGUUUCAAAUAAAAAUGCAAAAUACUAAGCAGAUGUCACGUCAAAAUUUU